CUAGCUCGCAAUUUUAAAGUUGUAUAUUAUGUCACGUACCCACUAACCAAGUAGGAUAACCAGAAUAUAAUAAAAGUGCAUCACCAAUGUCUGAACUAAUAUAUGGAAUACUGUCUAAAAAGCUCAACCGACAUCUUGGCAGACCUGCUAAAUCCUUAACUGGGUGGUUACUGACCAAGUUCUUCAUAUGGCACAACCGGGUCCUGGAAGAAAAUGCAGUGAAGCUUGUUGAGAUUCAGCCAGAUGACAUGGUCCUGGAGUUGGGAUUUGGGCUUGGGCUGGGGCUCCAGGCAGCUGCCCCUCUCCUCACUGGCCCUAGGGGAAAGCUGUUUGGGGUUGAUUAUUCUGAGUACAUGUUCGCAAAGGCCAGUGAAAGGAUGAGGGCUGAGAUUGAAUCUGGAAAGGUUACCCUCUUCAAUGGAAACAUCAUGGCCAUGCCCCUUCCUGACAGCAGUGUGGACAAGGUCUACCACUGCAACUGCUACUACUACUGGCCUGAUCUGAAGGGCAUGACCUCGGAAAUCCACAGGGUGAUGAAACCAGGUGGUCUCAUGGUGACAACUCUCAUACUGUCCUCAAUCACGAAGGCGGCAUCAAGAAGAAUUCUUUUAAAUGAUAACUGGAAACCUGAGGUCUACAUGGAGGCCCUACGAGCCACUGGAUUCUCUGAUGUUCGAAUGGAGGAUAAGCAAGACAAGAACAUAGCCUUCCAAGCCAUUUUUGCUACUGCUUCUAAAUGAUGCUUCUUAUCAACAUUGCUUCUAUGAAAAGCUCUGUUCAGAGAAAAGACAACAGUGCUUAACAGUGUUGAUUUUGUUAUCAGUUUUUGACUUAGUCUUUUGACUUACAGUAGACUCUCUUAGUCAAGUAAAAUUGUAUAAUCACAUUUUAGUCAAACAUUUGUUAGUCUGCUAUACAUAGACUAAAAUGACUCUUUUAGUUCACUAAAACUGAAUUUCUUCUACUCACAUUUUUUUACCAUGCAGUUUAAUUUAGUCACAUAAAAUGUAUAAAGGUUUUAGUUUAAUUAUUUUUAGUCUUCAAAUAUUAAGAAAAUUAAGUUUAGUCUUUUUACUUUCUAAAUAAGACUCAUUUGAUAACCUUUAAAUUCACAGAACUGUGUGGCGUGUAUAACUUGAGAAAGGAACAAGUGCAUAAAACAGGAACCUUAACUGUUGGUUAAGUUACAUGAACUAAGUUAUGUUUAAAACAAUGACAAAAUCAUUCAAUACAUUUUAAAACUA